GAUUAUAUAGAUACCACCGUCCCUCUAUCCCCUCACCUCAUCUUAUCCCCCUCCAUCCCCGCUUCCUCCUCCUCUUCCUCCCGCUCACUCUCGAACCGAAGCCUCAAGAGCUCCCAAUGGCUUCCACCACGUUCUCCUCCGCCUUCUCCAUCCUCUCGCUCCCCUCCUCCUCACCGUCCCCCUCCGCCUCGGCCCCCAGGACCCUCCCCGUCGCCAACCGCCGCCGCCGCGCCGUCGCCGUCGCCUCCACCGCCACGGAGUCCCCGAAGGUCCUUGAGCUCGGCGACGCCAUUGCCGGGCUCACCCUUGAGGAGGCUCGCAACCUUGUCGACCAUCUUCAAGAACGUCUUGGCGUCUCUGCCGCCUCCUUCGCUCCCGCCGCCGCGGUCGCGGCUCCCGCCGCCGCCGCGGCUGAGGAGGCACCGGUCGAGAAGACGGAGUUCGACGUGGUCAUCGAGGAGGUGCCCAGCAGCGCGCGUAUCGCAACCAUCAAGGUUGUGCGCGCACUGACCAACCUGGCGCUGAAGGAGGCCAAGGAUCUUAUCGAGGGGCUCCCAAAGAAGCUCAAGGAGGCCGUGAGCAAGGACGAGGCCGAGGAGGCCAAGAAGCAGCUCGAGGGAGUCGGCGCUAAGGUGUCCAUAGCGUGAGACUAGAACAAUGUGAGUUUGGGUAUUUGAAGAACACGGACUCUCCAGAUGCAGAUCUAUGCGUGUCGCUGAAACUGGGAAGUUCUCUGAAAAUAUUGUGUGUGUGUGUGUGUGUGUCUAGAGUAUUUUGUUUUCCCCCGUGAUUUGAAUCUAUCGAAGCAGUUGAAAGUUGUUUUGUAUUUCUGAAUAUAUAGUUCUGCUUUCCAAAGUGUAAUCGGGUGAUGCUGUUGGCAACCUUGAUGUUAUUACCCGUCCACAAGGAUCAAGUAGGCCAACGGAAAGAGUUUCACUUUCGCAUCA